CAUUCAUCCCUCGCCCAACUCAUACGUGCUUACGUGCGUGUGUAGGAAGACCGUGACGUGAUUGUUUUUACUCCCAUAUCCCAAAUCACAUCUCAUAAUAUUACGGAAUUGAAACAUCACUCUUUGCGAGCGCAUCGAUCAUUGAAUGGACACUGGUUUAAUAGAUGAGAGUGGGCGCUAGCACGAGCGGACAUAAUCGCGGGUGAACGCACGAGACGGACGGUUUUUGAAUAUUAUAGUCUGAAUAAAGUGAAACAACUAAAGAGACUCCAUGGCAGAAAACAAUUUUCCUCCUCUUCCACGGUUCAUUCCACUGAAGCCAUGUUUUUACCAGGACUUCAACGAGAUUCCGGACCAACACAGGACUAUGUGCAAACGGCUCUAUUACUUAUGGAUACUACACAGUGCCACCCUAGCGUUGAACCUGAUUGGUUGUCUGGCUUGGAUGUGCGGUGGGGGCGGAGCAACCAAUUUUGGGAUGGCCAUACUUUGGCUGAUACUGUUCACCCCAUGCUCAUAUGUGUGCUGGUUUAGGCCCAUCUAUAAGGCCUUCAAGACAGACAGCUCGUUCAACUUUAUGGCAUUUUUUUUCGUAUUCAUGGCACAGGUGGUGAUAAGUAUCAUUCAGACUGUUGGAAUUCCAGGAUGGGGGGUUUGCGGCUGGCUGGCCACCAUCACUUUCUUCAGCACUAAUAUCGGCUCUGCUGUUGUUAUGCUGAUCCCAACCAUAAUGUUCACUGCCGUGGCUGUGCUCUCUUUCAUCGCUCUCACCAAGGUUCACAACUUAUACCGUGGUAGUGGUGGAAGCAUGAGUAAAGCCCAGGAUGAAUGGACCACUGGUGCUUGGAAGAACCCUCAAGUCCAACAGGCAGCACAGCAGGCGGCGAUGGGUGCCACCCAGGGGGCAAUGCAACAACAGUACACAGCUGCCCCAACCUAUAACUAUGACGAUCCAAUGUAGUUUCUAUUUAGUCACAACGGGGGGAGGGACAGUCACAGGGUAUUCGGGGAGAGGAAGAGAGUCAUAGUGUUACAAAGAAACAAUUGGGCAAACAGAGUUGAAUUAUAAACAGGUUACUACAAUGCAUACUAUCUUGCUUAAUGGUUUUAACAGCUAGUGAGCUAGCUUAAAGAGUUGCUUUCAGACCUUAAACCCCAUCCAUAGGGAAAUAUCCAUUUGCCAUGUGGUGUUACGGCAGAUUUUAACGAUUGUGUAUUGUUUCUUCACUAUAACACCAAUAAGGAGACAUUCCAGAUCUGUCUUCCUCAUUUUGUUUCUAUAGUAACUAGAUUCUCAGUUCAUUUGAGAUUUGCCUGUGGUAUUUGAUAGCCAGUUAAACGUUUUGGUUGGCUAUUAGUAUUCAACAACAUUUUAGCGAACACAUAUUUGCUUAAGUUUUAUGCAUCAAAAGGGGAGAACAGAUCAGCAUUUGAAAAAUAAAUUGAUUGGUUAUUACUUGUUUUCGCCAUUGAAAAGUAAAAAGCUAAUAAAAGUCGUAUUUUUCAGUUCUACGCACAUUUUUUUCGCUACAUACUUUUUUCCAGGCUGUUUUAUAUUCGUUGUAAAGGUAUACAGGGACAGCCAAAUGUUUACAUUAUUUUUUUGUUCAGUUUACGGUUUUAAUUGUGUUGUUUGUUGGUAUUUUCGAAUGUGCAUUCAUGUGAACUUUGUUUUUGUUACCUCAGGAUCUCAUUUUUGGGCUUAGGGCAAGGUUCGGCUACAGAAUUGAUUGCACGAGAAAUAUUUGUACAUCUGUAGUUCAGUUUAGACACUCUUGAACGUGGCUUAAAUAUUAAACCUACCAAUUAGCCACCAAAUUAUUCAAUAUUUAGUUUUAUUUCAGUCCUGAUAUUGUACUAAGGGCCUGUUUGAUUUGUUAAAUAGCUGAAAUCAUAAUGGUUUGCGAAUAACUCGAGACUCAUUACUGAAUUUCAGUCAUUUUUGUAAAUAUCAAAAUGUGUCUGGAUGGUUUAGUCUUCACUAAGCAAGUAAAGCACACAAGUUAUACUGUCACAAGAACAAUAUACCGUAUAUGGAAUCAUAUUAAUAAUUAUUUACUUUACAAAGUAGUUUGUUUCUCCCCAAAGUCAAUUUGAUCUUUACAUUUGCUCUGUUAUGCAUUGACAAGUUAUCAUUGUUUGAAAUUCACAAACUUCCAACAUUUUUAGAUUCAAACUAGUUCGGACUGUAAAAAAUGCAGAGUUUUUAAUUUGACCAAAUGUAACAUAAUAUUUAUUUAGAUUUAAAGCUAAAUGUGUGGUCUAUCUCUGGUUGGUAGUAAAUAGAUGGUUGACUUUGCUAAAUGAUUAGCAAAAUGAAAAAUAAUGAAGUGUACAGUAUAUGUAAUGUUUAUCUAAAUGUUUUAAUCAAGGCUUGUAAAAAAUACCUUCAAUCAUUUCAAGAACUGUGAAACGUUCAAUAAGCCAAUGUGCGAUAUUAUUCACGUACGUUUGGGGAGUUUUCUAUGUAUCUUUCUGUUUGUAAAGACUUGUUUAUGUUAUAUUUUCUAUCAUGUGUAUGUAUUUGAGUGUUUUGAUCAUAACUUGCGCAGUGUGAUGCAUAGUACACCCAAUAGUGGGCUUGGUGAGACAGGACAUGUAGUUUAAAGCUUUGGCUGAGAUUCGGUACCUAAGUGACAUCCGUGGGUUUAUAAUUCUCAGAGUGCCCUCUGUUGGAAUUGAUGAAUGAAACAUUUACCUCUGACAGCAAACAUUCACAGACGCAAAUAUUGGUAUCUAUUCUAUAAGAUUCAAUGAGAAAAUAGACGACAACAAGUGUGAAUGUUACAGUUCAGCCACACCAGCAAAAGCUAAAGUCACUGUCCUUUGCCAAGUUCCAACAUAUUUUGUGCCCUGAUAUUAAUGCGUAUAUAUCCUGACAGUUUAAAGUAGCCUUGUUAAUACUGUAAAGUUUUGUGAGUGGAAGAUGCCAGUAGAAUAACAACAAAAGCAGAUAGUUGUCUUUGUAAAGUGAGUUGUGUGUGGUGAUCGGUGCAUUUGUGAAUUGAACCAAACCUUGUACUAUGUGUACGAAGGCACUCUCUGUGUGUGUGUGUGUGUGUGUUGAUGUUUAAUCAUUUGUCAAGUCUAAACUGGAAUGUAUUGUCGACAAGAAUUACACUACUUUACCGGUAUCCAUUUGAAUGGUUUUGUUAUUUUUAUUGUGUUAUUUUAUUGACUUUUCAUGUGUAUCCCAAUCUAGCCAUAUUUUCCCUCAGCUACUAUGUUUACUGUAGUAAAAUAUAUUUUAAGUUUCCUGAUUAAAACUUAACCCACAAAUCAAUCAAUCAUGCAAAUAUAGAGUUAUUUAAUAGUGAUUUCUGAAGGUGUUGUUUUUCCAAGAUGACUUGUUUUGUUUCAUUUUUGUUACUUUUUAUAUUCUUUAUGUCUCUCCCUGAUGAAUGGUAAAUAGAUAAAAUGUUGCAUUGAG